AUGGAGACAACCGCCAGUAUCGUAGCAGUGACCCAGCUAUGCGAAAAAGUGAUCAAAUACAUCAUUGCUGUAUCCGGAGCUAGGGACGAGAAAACACGCCUCCGAUCGAAGAUCCGAAGCUGCAGUAGCUUGUUACUGCAGCUUCAAGAUGAAGCAGCUGACUCCGAAGAAAUCAAAGAAUGGUCUAAAACCUUAGACCUACUCUCUGAUCCGAUAGCGCGUCUUCACGAAGCAUUGAGUCUGACAGCCGUUACUUUGUCACCUCGAGAUGGGGCCCUCGAAAAAUUGCAAUGGCCGUUCAAAGAGAAAGAUGUAAGAAGGUUGGUGGAGGCAAUCGACAGUGAAAUGGCAAUGCUUGCCUUGGCUCUUGAUGGGAACACAACGAAAUUACUCAUCGGAAUCGACGCUCGCUCUAAGCGCAACGAAGAGGAUCUCAGAGCUUUGAAGGACAUCUUCAAAUUGGAUAUGGGAACAACAGUGUCGAGAUUGCAAAAUCUUAGUGGGGAGCUGCAAACAAUCCAGGUUACCCAGAACGAUGUUCGGGGAGAAGUCGACAAAUUACAUGAGCGUCAUCAUACGAAGGAAGCCAUGAAAACACGCCAGAACAUUCUGAAUUGGCUAACACCUAUUGACCAUGCCUCACAACAGCGAGAUGCUAUUAGUCGGUGGCAGGCUGGUACCGGCGGAUGGCUCUUGCACUCGCAAGCCUAUCAAGACUGGCUCAGCACCAGGAAUCGUACCUUGUUCUGCCCGGGUAUCCCAGGUGCAGGCAAGACAGUGUCGGCCUCCAUUAUCAAUGCCGAUUUGUGGGAGCGACAUUGCAGCGAUGCCACAAUCGGCUUGGCUUAUCUGUUUUGCAGCUACAGACGUCAAGGUGAACAGACAUUGAACGACCUACUCUCGAGUAUAUUGCGACAACUCGUGGAACCACAAGCGUCGUUGCCAAGACAUGUGGUGGACUUUUACGAGAGUCAAAUGGGAUCUUCAGAUCGGAUAGACGCUAUUACCAGAACUCUACAACUGGUAACAUCAAUUUACUCUAGGGUCUUCAUCGUUAUAGAUGCUCUUGACGAAUGUUCUGCGUCGCAAGGGUGUCGUACAGCGUUGCUAUCGAAAAUGCAAGACCUUCAAAUGACAUCUGGUAUCAACCUCUUGGUCACUUCCCGCUUUAUACCUGAGAUCACAGAGGGAUUCAAGACGGCAUCCAUGUUAGAGAUCCAAGCACACAGCAGUGAUGUGAAGAAGUAUGUCUCCGAGAACAUAUCUCGCCUGCCAGGAUUUGUGCGCAAUAACACGGAGUUGCAAGAAAGCAUUAUCGUGAAAAUCGUAGAAGCAGUUGGUAGGAUGUUCCUCUUGGCCAAGCUACAUCUUGAUUCUUUAGUCGGCAAGAGAUCACCGAAGUCAAUCCGUGUUGCCUUGGACAAACUCGCCACUGGUUCUCGGGCUUACGAUUCUGCGUAUGAUUCCGCAAUGGAAAGGAUCGAAUGCCAAGUAGCCGAACAGACGGAGCUCGCGAAGCAAGCUUUAGCUUUCCUCAUUUGUGCCAAGAGGCCUCUCUCGACCCUGGAACUACAAGAGGCGAUGGGCGUUGAGGUUGAUGAGCUUGAAUUGGAUCCUGAAAACUACCCUACAAUUGAGGAUAUCAUGGCCUCAUGUCUCGGUCUAGUGACCAUAGAUGAGGAUAGUAAGAUUACCCAGCUUGUUCACAACACGACGCAGGAGUAUCUCAAGCGUACACUAGACCGAUGGUUCCCGAACGCGGAAGCCAUGAUAGCGGACGUUUGUAUAUCAUACCUAUGUUUGAACCGUCACGCUGAUCCGGCGAAUCUGGAUCCCACGGAAGAUAGUACUUGGUAUGCCUACGCUGCGAAAAAUUGGGCCCACCAUGCUCGCCGAGCUCCAUCAAGUUCGAAGCGAGUGGUCGACUUCCUGACACAAGAAAUCCCUCUCUCAAAGAGUUUUCUUUAUAUAGGAUAUCGUUGGCAAAGUGCCACGUUCGUAUACAAAAGACUUAGCAACAAAGAGGCAUGGACCACCGGACUUCACUUGGCGGCUGAAUUCGGUCUCGAGGACGUUACUGUUGCAUUGCUUCUGCGAGGAUCUGAUACAAGCCGAAGAGAUGUGUAUGGCCGAACACCACUUAUCGUCGCCGCAGAGAUGGGGAGUAAAGCUACCUUUGAGCAGCUGCUCAAACAUGGAUCUUCUAUAGAAACGCGCAUCGACGAACGUCACGAUGAUCUCGCAGGGUACACCGCCCUCCACGUCGCCUCAAGAAAUGGACACACCCCCAUUGUUAGACUCCUCCUAACAGCUGGAGCAGAUGUAAACUCACAGGGCUGUGACGAUGACACGCCCAUAAGUAGCGCUGUCAGUAGGGGGCAGACUGAGGUUGUUCGGGUCCUAAUCGACGCGAAAGCUGAUAUGACGCUCCAUACCACAGGGAAAAUGGAGUGGGAUUCAAUGACACUGCUAGGCAUUGCGAUCGUGAGGGGGCACAUCGAUACAGUGCAGCUUCUCAUUACGGCUGGCGUUGAUGUCAAUGAGCGCGACAAGGGGUACCGUGGGACAGCAUUGUUCUAUGCGGCAGCAUCCCACUCAAUUGACUGUGUUCGGAUCUUGAUCGAAGCCGGCGCUGAUCCCAACCUCCCUGCUGGCUAUUUGGAAGAAGCUCCACUCAUGACAGUGUGUUAUGGACUUCGUGAAUCUCGAAAGCACUCUAUCCCCAUAAUCAAGAUGCUGCUUGAUGCGAGAGCGGAUAUCAACUAUAUCAGCUCGAAUGGACUGACCGCAUACGAGAUUGCCAAACGGAAGAAAGAUUCCCAUGUCGCUGAGUAUCUUCUCGAGCGUGGAGCUGAUCUAGAGCUUGGCUUGAAUGGCCGGCUUGAGAAAGAUGUGUUAAUGUGA